UCAAAGACAUUGCAAUCCUCUAAAGGGGCAAAAACUCUUUCUUGUUUUUCUUUGGUCAACCAAAUCAGCCGCUCCCUUAUUUUUUUUAUUAGAAUUAUCUUCUACCAAUUCUUUGAAGAUAUCCAGUUGAUUUCUCGUCAGAUCAUUUUCUUGUCAGUUGCUUAUCUGUGUCUAGUUGCGCUUCUCUCUCCCUCUCUCUCUCGCUCUCUCUGUGCCUCUGCGGUCUGCCAUAUGGCCAUGCCUCAACAUGGGUCAUUGACUGCGCCUCUUAUCGUUGAUGAGAAGGAACAAAGUUUAAGACAUGAAGAUUUAGAGUCUAAUUACACUCAUUAUAGCAAAGGAACAACCUCUUCCUUCAAGACCAUUGUCAAUGGAUUGAAUGCUUUGUCAGGAGUUGGUAUACUUUCGACCCCAUAUGCAGUAUCAUCAGGAGGAUGGCUGAGCUUGAUCCUUCUCUUUAUAAUUGCCAUUGCAGCCUUUUACUCAGGUUUACUGAUUAAAAGGUGUAUGGAAGCGGAUUCAAAUAUCAGAACUUAUCCUGACAUAGGUCAUCGUGCUUUUGGAAACAAAGGAAGAGUUUUGAUAUCAAUUUUCAUGUAUAUGGAGCUCUACUUAGUCGCCACUGGUUUCCUGAUUCUAGAGGGGGAUAACUUGCAUAACUUGUUUCCUAGCGCGGAACUUGAAAUGGCAGGAUUCCACAUAAGUGGAAGACAAACCUUUGUUAUAAUUGUUGCUCUUAUUAUCUUACCUACGGUUUGGUUGGAUAAUUUGAGCAUCCUUUCUUACAUCUCUGCUAGUGGGGUUUUGGCUUCUGCAAUAAUUCUUGUUUCAAUUUUCUGGGCUGGAGCUUUUGAUGGAACUGGAUUUCAUGAAACGGGAAUGCUGCUAAACUGGGGUGGAAUCCCUACUGCUGUUAGCUUAUAUGCCUUCUGUUACUGUGCGCAUCCAGUGUUCCCCACCCUGUACACCUCUAUGGAAAAGAAGCAUCAAUUCUCUAAUGUCCUGCUUAUUUGCUUCAUUUUAUGUACCUUCAGUUAUGCAUCAAUGGCAGUUAUAGGAUACUCGAUGUUCGGGUCUGAGGUUCAAUCGCAGGUAACACUAAACCUCCCCAUCGGAAAGUUAAGCUCAAGAGUCGCAAUAUACACUACCCUGGUCAAUCCCAUAUCAAAAUAUGCAUUGAUGGUUACACCAAUAGUGAAUGCUACCAAGAAUUGGUUUCCAUGGUACUGCAACAAGAAACCCUUAAACAUUUUCAUCAGUACUGCUUUAUUGAUCAGCACUGUAAUUGUAGCCUUGGCUGUCCCUUUCUUUGGUUAUCUCAUGUCCCUGGUUGGAGCAUUCUUAAGUGUCACAGCUUCAAUCAUACUUCCGUGUUUAUGUUACUUGAAGAUUUCAGGCACUUACAGGAGACUUGGAUUGGAAGUGGUGGUAAUUGGGGGAAUUGUUGUAUUGGGUGUCGCAGUCACAAUAUUUGGUACUUACACCGCUCUAUUGCAAAUUGUAGGCCAUUUGUAAUAAUCAGCUAAAGCAUAAUGAUAAUUUUUUAUUAGAAGUUUCUUAAAAUGGAAGGGAGAUGCGGACAUUUGACUGUUUCAACUCUCAUAUGACAAGGCAGUCACUUUAUCACAGAGCUACAAGUCCAAUAACUAAAUUUGUAAUUUUUUUGAUGCUAAUGGUAUUCUAGGUGUUGAAACUAGAUUCAUAAUUCCCGGUUUAUUUAUUGUGUAAGCUUGUAUACAUUUUCGCUUGUAUGAUAAGGCUGAGAUGAAUUUAUCAA